UUUUACUCUAGUAAAACUCGAAACCUCAGUGAGAAGAAAAGGAGGGACCAAUUCAAUGUUCUAGUUAAUGAGCUCUGUUCUAUGGUUGCUGCCAACAGCAAAAAGUUAGACAAAUCAUCCGUACUCAAAUCUGCCAUUCAAUUCUUAAGGAACCAUCAAGGUAAUGUGGCUUAA